AUGUUGUCGCCUGAACCACCGUCCCUUCACGCGGACUUUGCCACUAGACCCCCCCGCCCCCGACACUGCUCCCCGGACCUGCCGGCACCUCCGUAUUGUUUUGUGUGCGGUGCUGACCCUGAUCAACGAGCUCAAAAACAGGUGUGGCCGCUUUGCGCAGAGCUACGAUGCUGAUGACCUCCAACAGGAACUCGUGCGGCAGUACUUCAUUCCACAGCGACCGAGGGGCAGGCGGGAUCGUGGCGGGGCACCACCUCGCGACGAUGACGAUCACAAUGAUGAUGACGGUGAUGACGGCGGCGGUGACGACGAGGCUCAAGAGGACCAAGAGCAACAAUUGGAUCAAGGAGAGGGCUCUCGGUUCCACGAACGCAUCACGGAUGGACAGCAAGAGGGAACAAUUGGGUCGGGUCAAGCAAGUGGCAGUGGCUUUUCGGAGGAAAGGAGCAGCAGCACUGCUCGUGCCUCGGGGAGCAGUGGGGUGAUUGAAUGGGCAAGCGAUACGGCCAAGAAGAGAUACCGUCCACGAUACAACGUCCCCCCGAAAAGCAACUCGGCCGUGCUGCUCCGCGACAAGACCAUGUCAGCGCGCUCGCGCGCCGAACGCUACUCUCUCGAUCUGCUGCAGUGGGGCCUCAUCCCAGCAUGGAGCAAGGAACCGCCCGAGGGCGGUCCUCUACACACCAUCAACUGCACGUACGAGAAUCUCAGUCAAGGCACACCAUUGUGGAGAUCGGUCCGCGAUUCCAAGAGGUGCAUCGUCGUCGCCGACGGGUUCUACGAAUGGUUAACUAAAGGCAAGGACAAGCUGCCCCAUUUCAUCAAGCCCGCCGAUGGUCGGCUUUUAUGUAUGGCAGGACUCUACGACCAUGCGACGCGAGUUUCACUUGCUCAAAUUCGCGACACGUCAGUGUGUGAGCUCUGGCUAAUACUCUUCGCCUGUCCCGCACCACAGAUUCGGUGACAGUUUCGAUCCCGUCACCACAUUCACGAUCAUUACCGUCCCGGCGAACCAACAGAUGUCGACAGUAAUUCGCUGUCCAACGAUUGCGACUCUCCUUUGAUUACUUCCCUUCAGCAGCUGAUUUUGGGGUAUUUUGCGCAGCUACACCACCGCAUGCCCGCCAUUCUGCAAAAUCCCGAGGAGAUCCGAUUGUGGCUGUCGGAGGAAAAGUGGACCAAGCCCGUCGAGAACCUCAUCCGCCCGUACGAGCGAGAACUCACUAUUUACCAAGUACCCAAAGGCGUAGGCAAGGUUGGCAACGAAUCGCCAACAUUCAUUGAGCCGAUCAAAGGUGCCCCGGGGACGCUCGAGACGAUGUUCGCGAAGCAAAAUUCCCAAGGCUCUCCCAACAUGCCCAAAUCAGCAUCAGCGGCAUCCCCCAAGUGGAAGUCUUCUUCACCCGUGACCCUGAAAAAAGCACCAGCUACCCACAAGCGAAAGAAGGAGAGUUCCAUCGAGGUCAUUGACUUGCUCGAUGAUUCCGACGGCGCUGCUGAGGGCGAAUCGGACGCCGAUGCGAAACCGGCUAAAAAGCUUCGUGAAGCUUCCUGA